UCCGGUAGAUCUGGACUGUACGAGGCUCCCGGGAUCCCCGCCUGUGACUCCCCGCUGUAGAGCGCGGUCCCCGGAGCCGCCGAGGCUCGGAUGUCCUUCCCCGGUCUCUGGCCGCCGCCGCUGGGAACUUUGUGCUGAGAGCGCGGAGAAGUUUCGGAGCAGCCCCGGGAGCUCGGAGGAUGGGGCCGGGGGGCGCUGGCUGCCUGCUCGUCCUCUGCUCUGCGGCCGCCGUGCUCUGGACACCUGCCCGGCCGGAGCCCGACGUCUCCAUCCUGGACGAGGCGCAGCUGCUGGCGGUUCACAUGAGGAGGCUGGCGGCCGAGGAGCUGGGGGUCCGCACCAUGCAGAGAAUAUUCAAUUCAUUCGUCUAUACCGAGAAGAUCUCAAAUGGUGAAACGGAAGUCCAACAGUUGGCUAAGAAGAUUCGGGAGAAGUUUAAUCGGUACUUGGAUGUUGUGACGCGGAAUAAACAGGUGGUGGAAGCGUCAUACACUGCCCAUCUCACCUCCCCACUCACUGCCAUCCAGGACUGCUGCACCAUCCCACCGUCCAUGAUGGAUUUUGACGGGAAUUUUAACACUAAUGUCUCGAAAACGAUCAGUUGUGACCGACUGUCCACGACGGUCAACAGUAGAGCGUUCAACCCCGGCAGAGACCUCAACUCAGUUCUCGCAGACAACCUGAAGUCUAACCCUGGUAUUAAAUGGCAGUAUUUCAGCUCGGAAGAAGGAGUUUUUACGGUUUUUCCAGCGCACAAGUUCAGAUGCAAAGGGAAUUACGAGCACCGCAGCAGACCCAUCUAUGUCUCCACGGUGAGGCCGCAGUCCAAGCACAUCGUCGUCAUCUUGGACCACGGGGCAUCGACCACAGAGACGCAGCUGCAGAUCGCCAAGGACGCCGCACACGUCAUCCUGAACUCGAUCGACGAACACGAUAAGAUUUCAGUCCUGACCGUGGCCGACGUGGUGAGAACAUGCUCCCUGGACCAGUGCUACAAGACGUUCCUGUCCCCGGCCACCAGCGAGACCAAGAGGGAGAUGGCCAGCUUUGUGGGCAGCGUCAAGUCCUCUGACGGCCCCACGCAGCACGCCCUCGGCUUCCAGAAGGCGUUCCAGCUGAUAAGGAAUACCAAUAACGGCACCAGAAUCCAACCAAAUACUGACUUGGUGAUUAUCUAUUUAUCCGCUGGAAUCACCUCAAAGGAUUCCUCCGAAGAUGAUAAGAAGUCCACACUGAGAGUCAUUAACGAAGAGAACAGUCCGCUGAACAAUUCGGUCAUGAUCCUUACUUAUGCCAUUAUGAACGAGGGAGUGACCGGUCUGAAGGAGUUGGCGUUCCUCCGUGACCUAGCGGAGCAGAAUUCAGCAAAAUAUGGCUUCUCGGACAAGAGCGGACUUCCCAUUACCAAGGGGAGCAUGAUGGUCCUAAAUCAGCUCAGCAACCUGGAGACGACGGUGGGGAGGUUUUACACCAACCUUCCUAACCGCAUGAUUGACGAGGCCGUGUUCAGCCUGCCGUACUCUGACGAGAUGGGCGACGGUCUGAUUAUGACCGUCAGCAAGCCGUGUUAUUUUGGGAACCUUCUCUUGGGAAUCGUGGGUGUAGACGUGAACCUCGCGUACAUCCUCGAGGACGUUACCUACUACCAAGACUCUCUGGCCUCAUAUACGUUUCUCAUCGAUAACAAAGGUUACACGUUGAUGCACCCCUCGCUGACCCGGCCGUACCUGCUGGUGGAGCCUCCGCUGCACACCGAUAUUAUCCACUAUGAGAACAUCCCCAAGUUUUCAUUGGUUCGGCAGAAUAUUCUCAGCCUCCCCCUGGGCAGUCAGAUUAUUACGGUGCCUGUGAAUUCCUCCCUGUCUUGGCACGUCAACAAGCUGCGAGACCCUGGGAAGGAGGCGUACAAUGUCAGCUAUGCCUGGAAAAUGGUCCAGGACACCUCCUUUAUCUUGUGCAUUGUGGUGAUACAACCAGAGAUCCCUGUCAAACAGUUGAAGAACCUGAACACGGUCCCCAGCAGUAAGCUCCUGUACCAUCGCCUGGAUCUCCUGGGCCAGCCCACCGCCUGCCUUCACUUCAAGCAGCUGGCCACGCUCGAGAGCCCUACUGUCAUGUUGGCAGCCGGAAGUUUCUCUUCUCCGUAUGAGCAUCUGAGUCAGCCGGAGACGAAGCGCAUGGUGGAGCACUACACGGCGUACCUGAGCGAUAACACCCGUCUGAUUGCAAACCCCGGUCUCAAGUUUUCUGUCAGAAAUGAAGUCAUGGCUACCAGUCACGUCACCGAUGAAUGGAUGAGACAGAUGGACAUGAGCAGUCUGAACAGUUACAUUGUGCGCCGUUACAUAGCAACGCCCAAUGGCGUGCUGCGAAUAUACCCCGGGUCGCUCAUGGACAAAGCGUUUGAUCCCACUAGGAGACAAUGGUAUCUUCAUGCAUUGGCCAAUCCAGGGCUAAUCACCUUCACUGGACCGUACCUGGACGUGGGAGGCGCCGGCUACGUGGUCACCAUAAGUCACACCGUCCAGUCCUCCAAUUCCCAGGUCUCGUCCGGUCACACAGUCGCGGUAAUGGGCAUUGACUUUACCCUGCGAUACUUUUAUAAAGUUCUGAUGGAGUUGAUUCCAGUGUGCAAUCAAGAUGGUGGCAACAAAAUAAGGUGUUUCAUCAUGGAGGACAGAGGUUACCUGGUGGCGCACCCAACGCUCAUUGAUCCGAAAGGCCAUGCUCCAGUGGAGCAGCAGCACAUCACUCAUAAGGAACCUCUUGUUGCAAACGACAUCCUCAACCACCCCAACUUUGUCAAGAAAAAUCUCUGCAACAGCUUCAGCGACCGAACCGUCCAGAGGUUCUACAAGUUUAACACGAGCCUCGUGGGGGAUCUGACCAAUCUGGUCCACGGCAGCCACUGCUCCAAAUACCGCCUGACCAGGAUCCCUGGAACCAAUGCUUUUGUGGGGGUUGUGAAUGAGACGUGUGAUUCCCUGGCUUUCUGUGCGUGCAGCAUGGUGGACAGACUGUGCUUGAACUGUCACAGGAUGGAGCAGAACGAAUGUGAAUGUCCCUGUGAGUGCCCCCUGGAGGUCGACGAGUGUACCGGCAAUCUAACAAAUGCUGAAAGCAGGAACCCGAGCUGUGAGGUCCAUCAGGAGCCCAUGACGUUCACAGUGCUGGAUCCCAACCUCCAGGAGGCCCUGUCCCAGUGCGUCAACACCGGGUGUUCUCAGAGGACGGAGAGCGGCUAUUGCUUCGGGGUGCUGGACUGUGAGUGGUGUGUGGUGGACAGCGAUGGAAAGUCCCACCUGGACCGCCCGUAUUGUGCCCACCAAAAGGAAUGUUUUGGAGGCAUUGUCGGAGCCAAGAGCCCUUAUGCCGACGAUUUGGGGUCUAUUGGUGACGAGGUGAUCACACUGAAUAUGAUCAAGAGCGCCCCAGUUGGUCCGGUAGCUGGAGGUAUAAUGGGUUGUAUAAUGGUGCUGGUCCUCGCCGUCUACGCUUACCGACAUCAGAUUCACCGCAGAAGCCACCAGCACAUGUCACCACUGGCAGCACAAGAGAUGUCCGUGCGUAUGUCCAAUCUGGAAAACGACCGCGACGAGCGAGACGACGACAGCCACGAGGACCGCGGAAUCAUCAGUAACACCAGGUUCAUAGCGGCAGUGAUCGAAAGGCACGCGCACAGCCCGGAGCGGCGACGGCGUUACUGGGGACGGUCGGGAACAGAAAGUGAUCACGGCUACAGUACAAUGAGUCCGCAGGAAGACAGCGAAAACCCUCCCUGUAACAAUGACCCAUUAUCCGCCGGGGUGGACGUGGGCAACCACGACGAGGACCUAGAACCCGACACCCCGCCCCAGACUGCUGCUCUGUUGAGCCAUAAGUUCCACCACCACUAUAGACUCCACCACCCGACGUUACACCACAGCCAUCACCUGCAGGCGGUGGUCACCGUGCAUUCUGUAGACGCGGAGUGCUGAUGGACGCUGAGGAGGUUGUGUACCCCGUACAACGCCAAAUCCGCUGCGUACGUUUACAACUCCACGACUGUAACCGGACCACAACGUGGCGCCAAACAAUGCAAACCGUUCCAGGACCUCUCCGGUUACAACUUCUUGCCUUGGAAGAUGGGACGUCGGCUGCGACACUAAAGGGGGUCACGUUUUUAGAACCGACCUGGAAAAAGAAAAAUAAAAAAAACAGGAAGACAUUUCUUUUUAUAAAAAAAAUAUUUUAAAUAAUGGGAAAAAAAAGAGACUAAACUAAGUGUGAAUAGUUUCCUAAAGAAAAAUGCAUCUCGAUUUUUAAGGAAAGGAUUAUUUUUCUACUAUUUAUUUAAGUGUCAUGGACUUCUUACGUAGCCCGACGCGUUUUGGGCCUUGAGAGGCGGACGCUGCAGUCAAAUGCUCCGCCACAUUUCUCGAUAUGGAUAGAAGACUGCUCCUAUCCUGUGAACACUACGCACCCCGGAUGCUGGGGGUACAUUUUAGCCUUCCUGCCCCCCGGGGGGGUGGAGAAAAUUUACUAAACAAGAAACGCGUUGCUGUACAAUCUGUGUAUGGAGAGAGAUAAGUGGCUGACGUGUGACGUGCAUCGGGGGGGAUGAAUGCUGUGACUCGAGUACUUGUCUCGCUUUGUAGUAUUUGCAGCCCAAUUUUAUUAGCUGUUUUUGGUUUUUCAUAUUUUUUUUAUUUUAUUUUUUUACAAUUUUAACCACUGUUUAACUGGACUUUUUUUGUUUUUUUGUUCCUACCGUUACAACCACUGUGUCUUGACUGUGCCGCUGACAAUCCAGAUGUUAUGGGAAGGGGGGGGGGAUGGGGGGCUGUAAUGGAAACCUGGUCGCACAAUGACAAAAAGUAGCUGGAAAAAAAAAAUCUGUAAUGUUGAGAAAUUAGUAUUGUUUAUCAUAUGCUGUACUCCAAUCACAUCCAAAGCUGCACGCGGGGGUCCCUUCCCAAGGAAAUCUUGUUCCAUAGUUAAUACGGUUGAAAAAAAGACAGUUAGGUCCAUAUGUAUUCGGACAGACACAACAUUUUUCCAAUCUCUGUUCUGUCCAUCACCACAAUGGAUUCAGACGCCGGUGAAGUUCAGA